AUGGCCUUCGGAGAGAGUCAGCUGACUGCCACCCUGCUAACUUCUGUGGUGGCGGCAGUGUUUGGCUCACUGCAGAUCGGAUACCACACUGGCAAUGUCAACUCCCCAGCCAGAACCAUUGAAGACUUCUUCAAUAUGACAUGGAAAUCAAGACACAAUCAGUCCAUGCCAGACCACAGUUUGACAUUUCUGUGGGCUCUGUCAGUCAGCAUCAAGGACUUUGGAGCCCUGUUGGGGUCAUUGGGUGUUAAAGGCCUGGCUGAUUCCUUUGGGCGGAGAAAUGCCAUUCUCAUAGCAAACACUUUCUCUAUAGCGGGUGCCUGUCUGAUGUUUUUAAGCAAAGCAGCAAAAUCUUUUGAACUUCUUAUAGUGGGCCGUUUCAUUUUUGGCCUGUUCUGUGGUCUGAUGAUGAGCCUGAACCCACUGUAUAUCCAGGGUGUGUCCCCAAUUAACCUCCGCGGUGCCUUCUCAACUCUCAACCAGGUUUCUUUUGCCUCUGGCAUUUUCCUGGGCAUGGUGGUGGGCUUAGAAACAGUCCUGGGCACACGAAAAUACUGGGCGUUAAUGCUGUCUCUGUCCCUUAUUCCAGCUGUCCUUCAGUAUAUAAUCUUACCUUUUUGCCCCGAGAGCCCACGUUAUUUCUUCAUCAACUGUGGCAAAGAGCAAGAAGCAGAAUCUGCUUUAAGAAGGUUAAGGGGAAACUCUGACAUGGUGACAAAGGAAAUGGAUGAGAUGAGAGAGGAAGCAUCUCACAGUGAAGUGAGAAUAACUAUCCGGGAUUUCUUCCUCAAAAGCUGCUAUAGACAGCCCAUAAUACUUGUUCUAAUCAUAAACCUGGGCAGCCAGUUAUCUGGAUUUAAUGCGAUCAUAAAUUAUUCAACAAAAAUAUUUACCAAGGCCAAAUUUGAAGAAGCAAAAUAUCUGACACUUGGAGUGGGAGCAAUCAACGUGGCAUUCACCAUCGUGUCUCUGCUCCUGGUGGAGAAGGCAGGGCGCAGAAAGCUGCUUCUUACUGGCUUCCUAUUGGUAGCUUUUUGUAAUUUACUUAUGACCAUCACUGACUCCUUGCUGGAUAUAGUCCCAGACAUUCGUGGUUUUCAGGUGCUUGUGGUGUUUCUCCUGAUUUCAGCGUAUGAGCUUGGUCCAGGGCCCAUUUCUUGGUUCAUUGGCGCUGAGCUCUUUGACCAGCCAGCCCGACCAAUCGCCUUGGCGUUCACCAGCAUGCUCAACUGGGGGGGAAAAUUCCUGAUAGCCCUCCUUUUCCCACCAUUAUUGCACCUGUGUGGACCUUACGUCUACCUCCUCUUCAUGUCCACGGCUCUGAUAGCAUUUACUUACACAAUGCUUCGCCUCCCAGAAACAAAGGGCCGAACUUCAGAUGACAUUGCUGCAGAGUUUCACGGGGCAGCGAGCAUUCCACUGUAUAACAAAACAAGCUUCAAUACUUUCACAUGA